AUGGAAAAAAGUAUAAAAGAAAAAUUUUCCAAGAAAUGUCGUCGAGAUUCUGGAAGUAAAAAAUCGAAAGCGAAAGAAGUCGUGGCAGCCAUUAACAAUCAAGAAGUGGUCGUUGUGUCGUGCAGAAAAAUGGACGAUAACACAGAUGAGGAACACAUGAUGGUGGACAAGGAGUCUCUACAAAAUGCUUUCGUCAUUAAAAAUAUGGAAAUCUCGAGCUCUGAAAACUUAGCAUCUUUCGACAACGCCAGUGACACACAUGCCGCCUACAAAAGGAAACAAAAAAGCAACAGUUUAACAAACAACAUCACCGUCUUUGAAAACAAAAAAGCCGACGAAAUGCACGAUUCAAUAGAAGUCGAGAAAGCCAUAUCGCUGGAAGAGUUUGAAGCUGCCAAAUUGAAACUUGAAUCGGACGAGUAUGCAACAGAAGACACAGGCUGCUCCAAAUUUGUUGGAAAAAUUCAUCGAGGAAUUUUUGACUUUUUUAAAACACACAAACGUUUUUUCAAACGAUUCUUCAUCGUCGUGUUCGUUCUUGGCUACAUUGCAUAUUUCGCAUACGCUCUCUGGUUGAGCAAGCCAGGAAUAUCAUCUCUCAUUGGAAUAACCAUCAUCGCGUGCAUCAUCAUUGUUUUGCUUUUUAUUUCACGUGUUUUCGGCAAGAAACUCGACGCAGUAAUUUGCAGUCCACUGAGAAAGUUGUCCAAACGCAAAGGAUGCAUCUACGUUAAUUGGGCUUUGUACGCCAUCGUCAUUUUAACUGUGCUCGCUUUCAUCAUCAUUGACAUCGGCUUUGACACGAAACGCUUAACAUCGUUGGGAGGCAUGGUCACCUUUCUUUUUCUCGGGUUCAUCACAUCUAAGUAUCCCUCCAAGCAAAAUGUUAGUGACGACAAAGUUACAACGUCGUACUCGUCUAUAUGA